AUUGAAUUUGAAGAGUUUGUUGCUGGUGUUGGUAAAUGGCUUGAUGAGAUCCAAGCUUCCAGAGCUACACCAGGAACAUUUAAAUAUCUUGAUUAUUAUCAUGAGCAAACAAGGAGGGAUCAUUAUCUACUAAGCGCUGGGGGGAAUCAAUGUGAUGAAGGUGAUGAGGAAAUUGUGAAAAGAACCAGCUCAACCAAAAACUCAAGCUUGUGGUUUAGGAAUAAUUGUUAUAUACUCUAACGCGCCCCCUCACGUGCAGGAAUGAUUGUUAUAUACCCUAACAAUCUGCAUCAUUAACAUUUUCUGAGUUAUAUGGAGCAGUGACUAUGAACAAUGUCCUUUGUCUUUCGGUUUUCUGGGCUCUUGUUUAUGCAAGAGGAUUGACAUGGGACUUCUCAUCCGAAGUUCUUGUCAUUCUUAUAGUCUGCAUUGUGAUGGCGGUUUGACUAGUCCAAUCCGCCGUUUAUGGUCAAAUAUGCCCAAAUGCUAUGAACCGCCAUUUACCAAACACGUAACUACCGACCGCCUGAAGAUUCCGUGCGAAGUCUUGAGAAAAGGCCAGUAGAGAGAAGCUGUUCCGUUGAGUUGGAUCUCCGAGUUGAGACUCGGCUUUCGAUACCUUUAUCUUUCUUUUCUUCCUCCUCCUCAUACAGAUACAGUUGCACCCUCGAUCCAUCUAUACCUUAUACUCCCGCAUACAUUUUGAAUAACUUAUAUACUCCGUUCAAGUUUGAGAAUUGCAAAUUGUGUAACCAUUCAUCAUCGCAGCGGCGGAGUCAUGGAGACGAACAGUCAAUCCCCCGACUUUGAUUACCUGUUCAAGUUGCUGAUGAUCGGAGACUCCGGCGUCGGGAAGAGCUCUCUUCUCCUCAGCUUCACAUCUGAAACCUUCGAGGAUCUCUCCCCCACAAUAGGUGUGGACUUUAAGGUGAAAUAUGAGAAUAUUGGAGGGAAAAAGCUGAAGCUGGCAAUCUGGGAUACAGCUGGUCAGGAAAGAUUUAGAACACUAACAAGUUCGUAUUACAGAGGAGCACAAGGGAUCAUCAUGGUUUAUGAUGUAACAAGGCGAGAUACUUUUACCAAUCUUAGUGAGAUUUGGGCCAAAGAGAUCGAUCUUUACUCCACAAAUCAAGAUUGCAUCAGAAUGCUGGUUGGGAACAAAGUUGACAGGGACAACGAAAGGGCUGUAACAAAAAAAGAAGGCAUAGACUUUGCUAGGGAGCGCGGGUGCCUCUUUAUUGAAUGCAGUGCUAAAACACGUGUGAAUGUGCAGCAAUGCUUUGAGGAGCUUCUCCUGAAGAUUCUUGACACUCCAAGCCUUGUGGGUGAGGGCUCAAAGGCCAUCAAAAAGAACAUUUUCAAGGAGAAGCCACCACAGUCCAGUGAUUAUUCAACCAGCAGUUGUUGCUGAUCUCUUUUUCUUUUCCUUGUUUCUCCCAGUCAACUUUCUUACAAUAUAUUGAUCAUAUUAAUAGUCUCUCAACUAGUUAAUACUCCCUAGACUAUGCACAAAGUUCUGUAUGUA